AAAAUUGGCAAAUUUGAUAAGAUUAAAGAUGAUUGAAAUCAGAGCAAGUAUAUAAAACAAUAGAACGUUAAAUGAUGGCAUUAGUGAUACAUUGUGUUGCGUAGCAUGAAGUCUACUUAUAUCGCAUUCGCAUUGCUUGUUGCGGCAGUUGCUGCCAAUCCAAUCUUCCAAUCGGAGGAUGUUGGAGAGGAAUUCGUACCGAAACCGGUCAAAGAGGAGGACUGGCAAUUGGUACCGGAUUCUGAUGGAUAUAUGCAUUUAGUUGACAUAAAUAGCGUGGAUAUGGAAGCUGAACCAGCAUUCAACGCACCGACUGAUAUAAUAUUCCGGUUGUGGACAAGGCAAAAUACUGCCGCUGGACAAAUUGUCGGAUUACGUAAUCAAGCUCAGCUUGCGAGCAGUAAUUUUGUCGCUACGCGUCAAACACGGUUCCAUGCUCACGGAUGGAAUGGUGGCGGUGCGACAACUGGAGCCGCAGUUAGAAGUGCUUUCAUCAACCAAAUCGACUGUAAUGUGUUUGUCGUAGACUGGGGAGCAGGUGCCCAAACACCAAACUAUAUUUUAGCCCGUAACAGAGUCAAUGCAGCGGGAACUGUUGUCGCUGAUUACAUCAAUUGGAUCAGUUCUCAAGGAGUUCCAUUCAACAAUAUUGUGGCUGUUGGUCACUCCCUCGGCGCACAUGUUGUCAGUGCAGCUGGCAAACGGACUAAUGCACUUAUUCAAGCGGUCGUUGGUCUUGAUCCAGCCGGACCACUUUUCUCUCUCGAUGAUCCAGCUAAUCGAAUUCACUUUACCGAUGCCCAAUAUGUCGAAAGUAUUGUAACUGAUGGCGGCCGUCUAGGAUUCGAGCAUCCAGUCGCUCACGGAAAUUACUAUCCGAAUUGGGGUACAAGUCAACCAGGAUGUGGAAUUGAUAUAACUGGAAAUUGUGGACAUAGUUUGGUUAGUAACUUCUAUGCGGCUUCCAUAAAUAAUGCCAAUCAUUUCGGUGCAACAAGAUGUAGCGGUCUUCAAGCUAUUAGGGACAGAAAUUGCCCAGCAGCAGGACCAAGUGGCCGUAUGGGCGGAGAACCAGUAAACAAUAGUGGUCCAGUACCAAGUGGUUCCGUAUUUUGGUUGCCUACCACUGGUACACAUCCAUUCGCCCAAGGACCCAGAUAAAAAGUGUCGCAAAUGGAUAUGAGUAUCGCAGAUUUUAAUAAAUUUUCCGA